CCAUCUGUGUACCGUGUAGUCGUUGCGUCUGGUCAGUGUGUGCUUAUGACCGUCCUCAAGGGUUGACAGCUGUCAAUAGGUACAAGAGUGAGUCACCGGUGUAGGUCACUUCCCGGAGUGAAGAAAGGAAAUUCCGUCGGUGCGGCAAUCCACGAGAGGUGUACCGCGAGUCGACGCAAGCUGUCGCGAGUCGGCUAUAAGCAGCGAUCACUAACGCCGACCGAAGAAGCCAACUAUCGUCGCUGUCAUGUAAUCGUUAUUUUUCUCACUCGCCGCCCGCUAGAUCUAAAGCUAAAAGCCUUAAGGAGCUUCGUCGCCUUCUCGAGACGAGCCCGUGUUCCUAAAGAGUCGGUCCACCGAACUCCCUCGGUGCACAACAGGUCACCACAGGUACCGACACCUACCCCUUUGUUCAGAUGUCCAGGUAUCUUUUCGACGUUGCCGGCAUGGCAUCCAGCUCGGUCAGUCAGGAGGACUUUGAAAAUGAUUUCGAGCUCUGUUUUCGAAGAUCCAAGGUCAGGACCGCUAGGGCACGAGUAGGCCCACUCAGGACGGGAGAGUCUUCUUCCAUAGCGUUUCAAAAGAAUACAGGGGAUGUGGAAGAAGCGCAAGGUGUAUGCGAAUCGAGUUCAAACAGUGUACUUCCACCUGACCACGAUGGUCAACAAAAUAAACCAAUUAUGAGGAAACAAGACAAACGGGUAACUGGUCGGCCAGCACACAUUAAUAAAGGAAAACAGCAACGCGAUAGAAGAAAGCUAAGAGAAAAGAGACGUAGCACGGGAGUACUUCAUUUACCUUCGACCGAGAGUACAGGAGGUAGUACAGGAGAAGACGAGGAGGAACUAAGCGGUACUUGUCUUGAAACUAAGCACAAUACGCACCACAAUGAGUUCCUUGAUCAUGAACUCAUCGAAGAAAGGGCAACGAAAGCGUUUACGCAGAGGAGAAACAAAAGCCAUUCCGACUUGGAGGCGGACGACGAGGAAUUCGAUUCUCUAAAUCAGUCCAACGGGGUUAAUCAACCGGACCAGGGAACACAAGAGGCACAACCUGCGUUAACACCUAACCGGCGUACGGUGCAAACUCCAACUGGCGACGACCCACAAGAUCUAAUCGAGCGGACGCAGGAGGAAAACAGGAGGCUCCUCUCGCUUCUGGAGACUCGCGAUCACAAGAUAAUGGCCCUUGAAGCUAGACUUUUGCAACAGCAACACGAGAUGGCACUCGAGAGGGAACGACUGCAAGAGGAGAAUGCUGCUCUGAUAAGGGCGAUGGCGGCCUUAUUGAGCAACUAACAACGUGGCUGUAAAAUUUUCCCCGGUUCUCCUGCCACCACCCCAUUCUCCCGUUACAGUAAUCUUGGGCUUAGAGUUGGUGAGCUACGUAACACUAGUUGUUAACGAUUACGGAUUCACUUACAAUUAGUAAUUAAUAUCCGUGACAGCGAGACUUACGAUUAAGCGUUCGAAUACGUUAUCAUGCAACGGUUCGAAACAAUUGGAGCUUCACUCUUUAACGUCGGGGUGUCCUUCCGAUAAGUUUUGCUAAAUAUUACAAUUACAAAGUGUCGUACAGUCUAUCCCGGACCUGAGAAAAUUUAAACUUUCAUUUCUUUUUUCAUAUAUUUUUUUUGUUUUUUUUUUUUUCAUUCUCAACUACCCACAAUACUUGCACCGUUUGGAUGCCUUUGUAACGUUACCGUAGAUGUGAGUUGAAUCCGAUUGGAAGUACUCGUAAUUACUUUCGCAUUACCACGGUAGACUAAGGAAGUAUAUACGAAUCGCACGUAAACAAUUGACGAGCUUCAAUAUUAUUCGUUUAAAGAAAUGUCUAUAUCUUCGUGCAGCACUGAGUGUUUUUUAUCGCCAUAAUAUCAAUUUUCGUUUAAAUAUUUCGUUUUUAAUGUUACCACGGAGCUACUUAUACCCAGCAGACUUCAUCGAUGGUACGUUUUUAAAGUAUUCGUAUAGAUUACCAGUAGGUCGAUUAUAAUAUUACUUCUUCUUUUCAACGUGCUAAACCGGGCUUAAAGUUAACGUAGGUCUGAAUCGAUUUAAUUUCUCUAGAUUAAUGGGAGUUUUCGAGGCGAAAGUUGCAGGUUUCAUCAUUAUUCGUAUUGCGGUAUAGAUUGUUAAAUAGUCUUCUCGGCCUUUAAGAAAAUACGUGCUCGGUCCGAUGGGACGAUACAGGGAUUUUUAAUAAUUACCGGGAUACCGCAACCUUUAUGCCAAUGUUCUCGUGUACAUAAAAAGGCACAAAGACAUGUAUUGAUUAAUAAAAUUAGCUGGUUUACACGUAAUUUAGCCGUCAUAGAGUCGGUUAGAAACGAGGGUUAAUCGAUUCUGGGACAAGUCGGGCAUCGAAAUCCACAUCUGUAGCUGUAGUCUAACCCAGGGAGGAGACUGAGUACGAAAGUAAACGUAGGGAAAUCAAAAGUCUUUCUAUUUACACGUUACGUUCCAAUGGCGGCAUGUAUGCACAAUCAUUUAUAUACAUUACGGUUUAAUUUGUACGUCAAAGGAAAAUAAAAAGAAAAGGAAUCUUGUAUUUGAGGAAAUGGUAGGCGUGUAACGCGCAAGUGAUUUCAAUAAUUUCGAGUAAAGGACAAUGGCCGCGUGAGUGCGAUACCAUUUUUCCCCCCACUCUAGAUCUGCAUUCGCUACUCGUUCCCUACUCUACUACCUGCCGCGCCGUGAUUGGCCGACCGUUGGG